GGUCUGUGUGGUGUACCCCUGGUCCCCUCUCCCAUAUUACAGGUCUGUGUGGUGUACACCAGUCUGAACGGUCCCCUCUCCCAUAUUACAGAGUCUGUGCGGUGUACACCGGGUCCCCUCUCCCAUAUUACAGGUCUGUGUGGUGUACCCCGGGUCCCCUCUCCCAUAUUACAGGUCUGUGUGGUGUACCCCGGGUCCCCAUCUCCCAUCAUUACAGGUCUGUGUGGUGUACCCGGGUCCCCUCUCCCAUAUUACAGGUUCUGU